GCACAACACCAACACGAGAUGUUGGGAUGUUUACAAGUUAAAAACCCUGUAGAUGUUAUAGUUUAGAAACAUGUCGAGUACACAGGCUGAAAGCGUUAUUAGAAACAUCAUCCGUGAGAUCGCGCAGACGUGUUUGAGCAGAGGACAGACUCUGUCGGAGACACUCAUCGCGUUCAUGGUCAAAGCUGUGGUUCUGGACCCCAGGAAUCAUUUUAAUGUGGACAGGACUCUUACAAAGCAAGAUGUGCAGAAACUCAUAGAGCUGUGUGUGGACAGACUCAUGGACCAGACCAGUCCAACUCUACACACCAUUAAGAUGCAGGUUUACUUUGACAUGAACUACACGUCUCGACGUGAGUUUCUGGAGAUGCAGCAGAAGGUUCUGCAGUCUCGUCUGCUGUCUCUGAGCAGAGAGAUCACUGACUGUCGGGCCAAGACCAGAGAGGACCUGCAGAGUCUGUACAGCAAGAUAGUCAGCUACGUCAUGCAGCGCUCCAACCUCGGAUCAGCCACAGACAUCAACGCCGUGAGAGAAACCACAGCGGCUCUGCAGAGCGUCUUUCCACAGUCACAGCUGGCGACCUUCAUGUCUCUGCUGAAACAAGACAAGGAGAAGCAGCUGACUCAACUGUCUCUGAUCGUCAGCGGCAUACGCCUCUUCAACAAGGACAGCAACAAAGGAGGAGAGGGCAUCCAGAACUUGCCGGCCAUCCUGAACGAGGCGGUGCCAGCCGCAGUGGCAGAUAUAGAGAGUGAACUGGCAGGAGCUCAGCGGUUGGCCUGGCAGUACACAGCCCUGCUGGAGAAGAUCUCUGAGCAGGACACGAGGCAACCCGAGUACCCCGUCUACCCAGAUCUGCUCAAACAGGCUCUGUAUAACACGCGACAACACGAGGCCUUCCUCAAAUUCAUACUGGCGGACAUCAUCCUGUGUGCAAAGGAAGUGACGCGGUUGCAGUCUGAUCUGGUGACUCGAAUGACGCUCUUGAGGGAGACGGUGCACACUAAUACUACAGUGCCUACAUCACACGUGUUUCCCCAUUUCACAGCAGUGGCUACGCUCUGGGCGGGGCUGGAAGGUGAGAUGCUGCUACUGAGCAUGCUCACUAACGUGGUGCCCGGUCUGAGAGCCUUCCUGUCAGCGCAGUCUCUGCUGAGCCCAGAGCAGCUGGAGCUGAUGCUACACGGACUGCAGGUCCCGACGGACACGGACAGAUCCUCUGUGACAGCAGAAGAGCGCAUCGUUGAAUCAGAGAUGAGAUCAUGUGAGUGGUGUUUUCCUGAGAGCACAACUAACUUUGAGCAUGUGCCGCUGCAGUAUAAGGGCUUCUGUGGAUUCACCCUCGUAAAGAAGAACGGCCUUUUACUGCCAGGUAAUCCAAACAUUGGCGUCCUAAAGCACAAGGAGAAAUACUAUGCUUUUAGCUCCAGGAGCGCUGCGUAUGAGUUCGCCUCUCGAGCAGAUGAAUUCACCGCUGCUGUGGUAGAGCUGGCGAAGAGAACGCCCGAGCUCAUCCAGCUGCUCCAGCUGCAUCAGGAGUUUGCCAGCGUGACUCCAUACUCUGAGAUGCAGUCAGGACAGAAGCUGCUGGUGAAAGCCAUCUCUAAAAGUGACUCCAGCACACAAACGGAGAUUCACCCUCUGGAGACCAACAUCGUAAAGUCUUAUGAGUGGAACGAGUGGGAGCUCAGAAGAAAAGCCAUCAAACUGGCAAAUCUACGGAAUAAAGUGACGCGCUCAAUGCAGACCGAUUUGAGCCACAUGAGACGACACAACAGCACGCAGACGUUCCUCCCUAAAGACGCCGGCAGCCAGACGAAGAGAGACGGAGAGAGUAAUGUACCCAAACCACAGGUGUAUCUGUGUGGGCUGAGAGGAGGGACGAGCGCAGACACCCACAUGACCAAGGUGGAUCUGACCAGAGCUGUUGAUGAAUGAUGUACACACUCAAUAAACUCUUCCUCAAUCAUCA